AUGGCUUUGCCUCCUGACACCAAACCCGAGGUUGUUGAUGAGAAGACCCUAUCGGUGAUGGAACAGGACGAUGAUCCCUCCAUCUCCAACGUGAAAGAACAGCCUCUUGUCAGGAGAAUUGACCUUCACCUGAUGCCUAUCCUCAUAGCGAUCUACAUAUUGCAGUAUCUCGACAAGAGCAGUCUGAAUACUGCCUCACUCCUCGGUAGCAUCCAGGAUACGAAACUGGUUGGCCAGGAGUUCCCCUGGCUUAAUAGUGCUUUUUACUUUGGAUAUCUUGGCGCCACAUAUCCCGUCUCCGUACUUCUCGUCAAGCUCCCGAUUGCCAAGGUCCUCGCAGCAUCCAUUCUGUUAUGGGCGGUGGUUCUCGGCUGUCACGUUGCUGGCGAGAAUUUCGCAGCCCUCUGCUCCCUACGCGUACUCCUUGGUGCGUUUGAGGCCACUAUCAGUCCCGGCUUCACGCUCAUCACAGGACUCUGGUACAAACCGUCAGAGCACGCUAGGCGUCACAGCCUUUGGUUUGUUGGCAACGCUGUAGGAUCGCUUAUCGGUAGUCUCAUUGCUUACGGUUGCACCUUCAUCACCGGCGGGCCCCUCGCACCGUGGAGAUGGUUAUUCAUCGUUCUCGGCAUAGUAACAGCUGGCUGGGCUGUCGUCCUGUAUAUCUGGCUCCCAGACACGCCUGCAACAACCAGAUUUCUCAACCCAGCUCAGAGAGUCUGGGCGACGCAGAGGCCUCAGGUGGCUCAGAGGAGUUUCAAGACGAACCAAUGGUCGAAUGCACAGCUACUAGAGGCGAUUCUAGAUCCCAAGACAUGGUUUCAGUUCCUAGUCAUUACUACGGUGUCCCUGAGUAAUGGAUUCAUUGCCAACUGGAACGAUGCUAACGCACGGUCGCUGCUCCUAGGCAUGCCUCUGGCUGCCUAUAAUGUGACCAUCGUUCUCCUUUCCGCCUCACUGGCCGAAAGAUUCCGCAAGUCUCGUUGUAUUAUUGCUGCAGGUGCCUCGGCUCUCUCACUGGUGGGCACCAUUUUGGUCCGUCAGCUGCCAUCGUCAAACAGUGCUGGUCGAUACAUAGGGCUCAUCCUUCGCGCAUCGUGCGCCAACGUAUUCCCAAUGAUGCUAAGCCUCAUCUCGAGCAAUGUAGCCGGCUUCACCAAGAAAUCAACAGUAAACGCUGUGUUCUUCCUUGGAUACUGUGCUGGCAACAUUGCUGGUCCACAGUUCUUCAUUCCAACUGAGGCGCCGAAAUACGGGACGGCUUUUACUGCCUUGUUUGUGAUCUUCUGCAUCCUCAUUGGUCUGAUUCUUGCCUUCAGGCAGUAUCUAGCCUGGGAGAACUCGAGGCGCGACAAGGCUCAGGGAGUGUACAUUGAUGCUGAGUCGCCAGAGAGAGAUACCAUGUCUGGUGCAGUGAGGGAGGCGACUUACGAGACGGACUUUGAGAAUAAGAACUUCCGGUAUUACCUCUAG